AAACCUUAUAUUCAUUAUUCUUACCUACCAUUCUUCCCCAACUCUCUCUCUCUCUCUCUCUCCGUGAAAUUAUCUUUCAAGCCGUAAAUCCCAGGAAAUGGUUGAUUUUGGGGAUGAGUUUACAAUAGAAAGCUACAGAAUUCCUUGGCUUAUAUGGAUCCAGCUCCUUGUGCUGGUCCUCCUUAUCUUUCUCCUCUAUUGCUUCAGCUUUUUAGCCUCAGAUCACUCGGACCGCGCCGGUGCUUCACCGUCUACCAGUCAGCUCGUUUCCCGAGAAACCCAGAUAGAGAAGAAGCCGAUUCCCAAGAACAAUACCACAACAGUCGUUACAAAUUGCUUAGAGAUUUCCCAGGUUGGGGAAAGAGUGAUAAAAGGGGAGAUAGCAACAAGCACUAGUAGAAGAUUAGUGAGAGGAGAAGACAUUACAGAAAGGGAGGGGUCAUCAGGAACCCCUACAUAUCAUCACCCUUGCGAUUAUUUCAGGCUGGCUAGAUUAGCAUUUUUGAAGUGUUUAGGCCUAGACUUCAGCUCUGAGAACUCUUCAUCCCCAGAGCAAAGGAGAAGAAAGGAACAGAGGAAGAGAAGAGAAAGCUAAUGUACAAAGCCCAUAAACAAAACAGAAAAAAAAAAAAAAAAAAAGAAAAAAAGAAAAAAAAGGGAAACUAAUGUACAAAAUUCUUUCUCCAAUCCCUUAAUCAUUAAUGAGAAUUUUCCUAUUUCGUUUCACAGAUUUAAAUGUAUACAAUGAUUUUUUUUUUUUUUUUUUUUUAUUUUAUAGUUAUAAAUUAAAUUGUAGAAUUUGAUGA